UCAUCACCAACCUCUUCCCAACCUACUAAUUUCUCAAGAACCUCGCUAUCAAGUAACUCGUUCGUUAAGGUUACUUAAGACUCUCGUUGAGCCAUACUAGCUUCACUCACAUUCACUACGAGUAUCGCCAACUCUACCAUAACUCUAAUCAAUAUGAGGGGAACUAUCGCUAUCUUGGCUUUGGCCACUUCCGUCGUUGCCAGAGUCGGCAAGAGAGGAUAUAAUGUAACUGAGCCGGUUGUCACUGCCACAACCUAUGAGACAACCACCGUCUGCCCCAUCACGAACACGAUCACCUACGGAGGAUCAACCUACGAACAGACCACCCUCACUACCUCGACCAUCACUGUUACUAAGUGCCCUGGUGGAUGCGCAGGAGAGGCUACAGUAACUGCACCUGCCCAGACUGUUGGUACCACCACCGCUGUUGAGGUUACCUACACGACGGUUUGCCCUGUCACUGAGACGGUUACUGCCCCUGGCAAGACCUACCUGACUACAUACACGACGACUAGUGUGGCUGUUACUCACCUCGAGACCACACUCUAUGCGACUGUCACCGGAGCUGGAGAGACCAAGACCACGGAGGCCGUGGCUUACACUACUCUAACUUCUCUGUGCCCUGUCACCGAGACUAAGACCAUCGAGGGAUCCAAGGUCGUCGUUACGUGGACUUCCACCUCUACCAUCAAGACCGCCGUUCCCACCACCGCCACUGAGUACACCUCGUACACCGUAACCGAGAAGGUUUCUACUGAGGUUUUCGAGACCGUCACCUGCCCGGAGACGACUCACACCACUGUCUCUGAGGGAAGCACCAUCUACGUGACCGAGACCGGCACGGAGACGCUUUACCAGACCAGCAAGUACACUGUUGUUGAGACUCUACCCGUCACCAAGACCAAGGAGGUUGGCGUAACUGUCACUUCCGAGGCCUCCGCCGGCGAGACCGUCACCUCUGUCCCCACCGUCUGGAUCACCUCUAGCGAGACCACCGUCGUCAGCAAGACCAAGCCCGCGACGACUGUGGUCCCCUACCCCACCACUGUCUCCACCGUUGUCCCCGUUUCCUCUUCCGCUGCUACCUCUGUCGGCACGACCUAUAUCCCCACCACCGUCUCCACCGUCUCCUCCGCGGCCCCUGCUUCCACCAGCAGCGAAGUCGCAGUCCCCACCGGCCUCGCCCAUCGGGCUACCCCGGCCGCGGCUGUCCUAGCUCUGGCUGGUCUUGCCAUCCUUCUAUAAACGAACCAACUUGCUUUGCUUUGAAAAACAAGCAAAUCACCAAUUGGGGGGUCUAAGGAUUUAACGCGCACAUGCUUAGUCACCUAAAGGGAUAUUGGGGGGCGUAAUUUAUGGUAUGGGUUAUUUAUUAUAGAGAGAGAUAUGAUUCUUUUCAAAUCUCGGGCGGCAUUCAUUCACGACACAAACAUGGGACGGGAACACGAACAUUUUGAGCUUCUUUUCACUUUAUUUCUUCCCCCUUCUCUAUCUCUGAUCUCGGAGAGAAGGGGUGUGGUAGAAACCUCUUUACGAUUUUGAUUCGAACGACAUAGGAAAUGGCCAUUUUCUACUAAUAUUUAGUGGUAAAAAAAGCAGGAGACGAAAGAGAGGAUUUCCUGGAUAAUCUCCAGGAGACUCUCGAUUGUGUUUGUGUGUAGGCAUGGUCUUUUUUGGAAAACUUCUUGUAUAUACAUUUUAUUCAUCAAAAAGCCUUUCUCACGAAAGGUUUAAUUUAAUUAAUUCACAAUA